GUCUGGCACCAAAGAAGACAGCCAUCACCGAGGGACCGUCACUACCAGGACAGCCUGGCCAAGGAAAGAAGAUAGGUCAUCGGAGCGUUGAUGCUUCUGGUGAAACCACCUACAAAAAGACCACCUCAUCCACACUGAAGGGGGCCAUCCAGCUCGGGAUUGGAUAUACUGUUGGCAAUCUGAGCUCCAAGCCAGAGAGAGAUGUCCUGAUGCAGGACUUCUAUGUGGUGGAGAGCAUUUUUUUCCCAAGCGAAGGCAGUAACCUCACCCCGGCUCACCAUUAUGCUGACUUCAGGUUCAAGACCUAUGCACCAGUGGCUUUUCGGUACUUUCGAGAGCUCUUUGGGAUUCGUCCAGAUGAUUAUUUGUAUUCAUUAUGUAACGAGCCUCUGAUAGAGCUGUCAAACCCUGGUGCCAGUGGCUCCCUCUUCUACGUCACCAGCGACGAUGAAUUCAUCAUAAAAACUGUGAUGCACAAGGAAGCUGAAUUCCUACAGAAGCUCCUUCCCGGCUACUACAUGAAUCUGAACCAGAACCCACGGACGCUGCUGCCGAAGUUUUAUGGACUGUACUGUGUGCAAUCGGGGGGCAAAAACAUCCGCGUGGUCGUGAUGAACAACAUUCUGCCUCGCGUGGUGAAAAUGCACCUGAAAUUUGACCUGAAAGGCUCGACCUACAAACGUCGGGCAUCCAAGAAGGAGAAAGAGAAGUCCAGCCCUACGUACAAGGACCUAGACUUCAUCCAAGACAUGCCCGAGGGCCUGAUGUUGGAUGCAGACACCUUCAGUGCAUUGGUGAAAACGUUGCAGCGAGACUGUCUGGUUUUGGAGAGUUUUAAAAUCAUGGACUACAGCCUCCUGCUUGGGGUUCAUAACAUAGACCAGCAAGAGCGGGAGCGGCAGUCUGAGGGAGCCCACAGCACGUCGGAUGAGAAGCGUCCUGUGGGGCAGAAGGCACUUUACUCCACGGCCAUGGAGUCCAUCCAGGGUGGGGCUACCCGGGGAGAGUCCAUAGACACAGACGACACGAUGGGAGGAAUCCCAGCAGUGAAUGGCAAAGGAGAGCGUCUCCUGCUCCAUGUAGGAAUAAUAGAUAUCCUUCAAUCAUACAGGUUCAUCAAGAAGCUAGAACAUACCUGGAAGGCCCUUGUCCACGAUGGGGACACGGUGUCAGUACACAGACCCAGCUUUUACGCAGAGAGAUUCUUCAAAUUCAUGACCAACACGGUGUUUCGAAAGAAUUCCUCUCUGAAGUCAUCUCCCUCAAAGAAAGGGCGCAGUGCCUUGCUAGCUGUCAAGACGGCUGGGCCAACAGCUGCAUUUUCAGCUAGCCAGCUUCCUUCUGAAAAGGAUGAAACACAGUAUGAUCUCCGUGCGGCCAGGAGUUACCCCACACUUGACGAUGAAGGCAGGCCAGACCUGCUACCCUGCACACCUCCUUCCUUUGAAGAAGCUACCACGGCCUCCAUAGCCACGACACUAUCUUCAACAUCUCUCUCUGUUCCUGAGCGAUCCCCUUCAGAGACCUCUGAGCAGCCCAGGUACAGGAGGCGCACACACUCCUCGGGGCAGGACGGCAGGUCACACGAGGAGGUGCGGAUUGAGGAGGAGCUUCAGCAGCUCAGUGUUGAGCUGGAGCCCAAGUGCGAUGUUGAGAUCGUAGCUCCUGAAGAAGAUGACAAAGAAGAGGCAGCUUCUUCAGCCUGUGCCAUUGUAACGUCCACAGCUACAAUAGAGGUGGAGACAGCCAGCCAGGCCUCCGAACCAGCCAGCCAGGCCUCGGAUGAAGAUGAUGUGCCAGUCACAGACAUAUACUUUCCGACAGACGAGAGGAGUUGGGUUUACUCCCCGCUCCACUAUAGCGCUCAACUCCACUCUGUCUCCGAUGAGGAGAGCGAUACAUAAUCUCUAUGCAGACACAGAAGCCCCAGAGAGCAGCGAUUCCCUCUGCAGGUCGAUGUGUUCCCUUUUCAUUGAUGCAGCCGUUCCAGUGGGAUGGGGAAGAGCUUGCUGACACCAGUAUUGCUGCACUGCAGGAUCCCGGGCACUGCAUUUCAGAACGGAGCAAAACUAUAACCGUGUAUUUCUACUUAUCCCAGAUAUGGGCAGCAAAGAAACCACCCGUUCACCCGCAGCUCCCAACGGAGACAUCCAGCUGGGUGUAGAGAAUCCUGGGUAGUAACACAGUGUUUUCCAGACGUGCACUACCGUAGCUACCUAUCCAUGUGUGAUACUGUGAACCUUUUUAAUUUUUUAAUCAUGUAUUUAUUUCUUUUAUCUUUGCACAGAGACAGCACAAAUGUGCUUUUUU